AUGGAAGAGUACUCGAAAGCACUUUCAUUCUAUGACAAAGCACUUGAGAUUCGACAGAAAAUUCUUCCUUCAAAUCAUCCUUCAUUGGCUACUUCGUACAACAACAUCGGUCUGGUGUAUGAGACGAUGGGAAAGUAUUCGAAAGCACUCUCAUCUCAUGAAAAAGCACUUGAAAUUUAUCAAAAAACUCUUCCAUCAAAUCAUCCUUCGUUGGCUACUUCAUACAAUAACAUUGCUAGUGUGUAUUACAGCAUGCGAGAUUACUCGAAUGCACUAACAUUUCACGAAAAAGCACUUGAAAUUAAACAAAAAACUCUUCCUUCCGAUCAUCCUGAUUUGACUAGUUCGUACAACAAAAUCGGUAGUGUGUAUGAUAGCAUGAGGGAAUACUCGGAAGCACAUUCAUAUUAUCAACGUGCUCUAGGCAUCAAACAACAUACAUUACCUCCAACUCAUCGUAACAUAAGAACUGUAAAAGAGGGGAUUGAAAUUGUAAAAACGAAAUUAUGA